GCGUGUUACCCUUAGCUAAAGUUUUCUUGUUACAAACUACUUUAUAUUUUACGAUAGAAAUAACAAAUAAUGCUCAUGUAAACAUUAUCCAUUUUUAAUUCCCACCUCUUCCAAAGUUCUAAGUAGCUAGUAAAACACCUAUUAUGAUUCUACAUUAAAACAAUUAAUUACUAUAAUAUUAUAAAACAAUAGCCCAAUACCAUGUAGUACUUUAGAACGCGACUGUACCCACACCCCCUCCGCUAUCGACCUGUAUCUAGCUCGGUACGAAACAAUGCUGCGGUCGUAUGAAAAAAGGGCGCAUCUAACAAUUUAUGAAUAAAUGAGUUAAAUAUACCAUUCGAUUCAUGAUAAGAAGGCGCAUCUUCUAAUUUUUUUUAAUAUUCACAAAUAUCAAUAUUUUAGAAAUUAUCGUAAGAAUUUUAGACGUAACUGUUGAUCACAGAUGACUUUUUUUAGUAGAAAAGACUUAUACAAAUUCAACAUAAAAGAAAAGACUUAUUUAACCAGUUGCUACGUCAUCUUUAACAAUAUUUGCAUCGAUUACUUAAAUUUCAAUUAUUCUUGGUCUUGUCUUAUUAUUCUAUAUCUUAUUAUUAAGAGCUUAUAUCUUAUUGUUAAGAGCUAGUGUUUCACAUGUGGUCCCAUAUAAAUUUGAUCGAGGUCAGACCAAUAGUUUUUGAGUUAUCCUUAAUUAUUUAUAUUAAAGUCGGUUGUACAAAAUUUUUAAUUUUUAAUUAUUAUCGUAGUAAGUCUUGUAUGAUAUCCCCUUUAAAAUCAUUACUCAAGAGUUGCGGGUUGUUAUUUUUUGUGUCUCACUACCAAUGCUUUUCUAAUAUUUAUUAAAAAAAAAGUAGUAAAUUACUAUUAGCGUCCUUUCAACUUCAAAUGACCUUUCCAAAAUAUGUAAAAUUGUUAAAUGAAUGGCAGUUUUUUUUUAAUUUAUUAGGUUGGAAAGACGCAAAUAGUUAUAUGCUUCUUCCUUCGAUGUUUUUGUGUUGCCAGGUGUAUUUUUUAAGCUAAGGUGAAAAGGAAAAUUCGUUUUAUUUAAAUAAAUAAACAAAUUAUCAAAAAAUUUGUUCGUCCUUAAAAUCUUCAUGUCUCUACGUAUAUAUUUCAAUUUUCAUAUAGAUACCUUUUAAUAUACUUUAGACACAGGGUCUGAAAGAAAAAUUCAUCAAUUUAUUUUUUAUUUCCAUUUUACGUUUUUGUUAGUUGCGUCCUUCUUUAUGUAACCCGACGACGGUAGAAUGUAACCCGGUCGGCUCGUGUCGCCUCACGCUGUGACGCAGUAGACAAAGAGUAUAAUAACUGUCCUAGCAGUAGGUUUCAGUUUUGUUGGGGUUUGUUAUUAAUUGUAGUUUUUGAAACAGUUCCGUGUUGAUUUUGUACACGCGUGCGCGAGCGACAGCUCAAUCGUAUUGUUAUUACUUGUGAUUACGUGUUGGUAUUAUUCCUGUUGUUACGUUUUUUGUUUUAAUAAUGCUUAACGCGUACUUUUAUAGUGAUUGUGAAUACAGCAACAUGUUAUCCGAACCCAGGUACACGAAGUAUCGCCAAAUAAAUUGUUAAGACGUCGGGAUGGAACAAUUGUGUCAUACUGUGCAGUGCACAAAGUGUUGAAGCGUAACCGAAUGCGCCCAUACAAAUUGCACAAAGUGCAAGCUUUAGUUCCCGGCGAUCACGUCCGCCGACGAGUUUUCUGCCGUUGGUUAUUAUACCAGCGACAACGUGUGCCUGGUUCCAUUGAGCACAUUAUCUGGACGGAUGAGUCGACAUUUACCAGAAACGGCCUGUGGAACCGAAGAAUUACACACGUGUAUUCAGAGGUUAACCCGCACGCUGUUCGACAAACCGGGCACCAAACCCGAUGGUCGGUUAACGUAUGGGCAGGUUUAUUUAAGGAUCACAUACUGGGACCAGUGUUUCUGCCACAGCGACUGAACAGACAGCGAUACCAUGUCGUGAGGUUCGUCUGUGAGCGCCUCAAUGAGCUAUUUGAUGAUCGCUGGAUCGGCAGACUAGGACCACACGCUUGGCCACCUCGCUCACCAGAUCUGACCCCGUUAGACUUCUUUUUGGUAUGUGAAAGAAAGGGUUUUUAAUCGUGAGUGUGAUAGUGCUGACAAAAUGCGCCAAAGGAUCGUGGAUGCUUUCGAGAAACUAUGUACGGACUGUGUCGAAGACCACACGAUGAUGCCCCGCCUGCACCCAAAUCUACCUUGAAAUGAAUGGAGCACAAUUUGAGCUGCAUCUCAUAAGACCACGGAGGAUUUAGAGCGGUAAGCUGUUUCAUAACUAUUUUUUUUAAAUAACUUAGUACUGAACUAAUCUGAAUAGGUACAUAACUGAAUACAUGAGAAUAAUAAACAUACCUACACGAUGAAUAAAAACGCAUGACUCCAACCUUGGUUACAUUUCAUUUAAGUAUUUUUUCAUUAGCGUAUGUAGUGGUAUGGCCCGCUAGUUGCGGGCCGCGCGAAUUUGCGUUCGCGAGUACAUUGACCUUUAGUCAGGUGAUACAAUUCAGUCAUUCCACUGCUGGUUUUAUGUUUCAGUAUUUUCAUGAUAUUUUUAUGAAAUUAUCGUUUCAUUUAGCUGUACUAACAUGAUGGCGCGUGAAUAAAGCUAAUAAAACGUUGUUAAAAGAUGAUUUUUUUUUUCAUCAGGAUCGAAUUUAUUUGUGACCCAUGAUCAAAGGUAUACUUGGUGCUGUCGCCUGUCUUAGUUUUCGGGAGCGUUCCAAAAAUACCCUGUAUAAUAUAAAUAAAGAAAAAUUUGGUGCUUCUGGAAGUGAAGAUAAUGUUUUACGCACUCCUAAGAAAAAACGAAGACAAAAGCCCGUGACAGGUGUUGAUGUUUUUGAUGCAGAUGCAAUAAGAAACCACAUAUAUGGUUAUUAUACUAGGAACGAGUUUCCAACUAGACGUUUGCUUUUGGUCUCUUUAAAAGAAGCUGGCUUGUUUAAAGGCGGUAAAACGGCGUUGUCAAAACUAUUGCACGAAAUUGGGUUUGAAUAUAAAAAAACGAAUAAAAUGAAAAUAUUAAUGGUAAGAUUUGAUUUAAUAAUUAAAAGGAGCGAGUUUUUAAGAGAAGCCAGAAAAAUCGAGUCUUGGGACAACUUCGUUUUUGUUGACGAAACAUGGUUAAAUGCGAACCACACUGUGUCACGCUCUUGGACUGACGAAACAAAAGCAUCAACCUCAAAGGUUCCAAUUGGAAAAGGAUCGCGACUGAUAAUUUGUCACGCCGGUUCUGCUGGAAGUGGUUUCUUUGAAAAUGGACUGCUGGCUUUCGCGUCAAAAAGUACUUCCGAUUACCACGAGGAGAUGGAUACAGACACUUUUACGAAUUGGUUCGACAAUCAAUUAUUACCCAGCCUGCCAGAGCCUUCUAUCAUAAUAAUGGACAACGCUUCAUAUCACUCGAAACAAGUGAAUAAAGCGCCUACUCAGGCCGACAAGAAAGCCGAUCUCGUAGCAUGGCUACACCAAAAUGGAAUUGAAACUACUGUCGAAAUGCUAAAGUCUGACUUAGUAAAGUUGGUACGCGAAAAUAAAACAUCAAGAGUCCGUUAUGAAGUAGAUGAGAUAGCUCUAGCACAUGGACAUCGGGUACUUCGAAUUCCGCCUUAUCACUGCCAGUACAAUGCCAUUGAGCUAAUAUGGGCACAAAUCAAAGGUUACGCAGCUCGUAAUAAUACGACUCCGCCAUUCAGUACUAAUAAAAUGAUGGGUCUAUUAAAAGAUGCUUGCAGCAAAGAAAGAUGAAAAAGAUGCUUGCGAAAGAAGAUUGGGUCAAGGUCGUCGAAAAGACUCGAAAACUAAUAACAGAAGAUUAUGAACGCGAUAUAAGAGUGGACACCAUUAUAGAGAAUGAAAUUGUCAUACAAGUGACUGAUAGCGAUGACAGCUCUGACGAAUCUGGUUCAGAGUCUGAAUAAUUGUUUUAAUAAAUGAUAGGUAGUCAUUUAUUAAAACAUCUUGUACCUACUCUAUUCAUUAAAAUGUGUAACAGUGUUU